AUGGAGCUAGCCGUGACCCCCGUCGUGCUGGUAGAGCUAACCAAGGAGCUGGUCACGAUGAUAGACAACACCAGCUUCACUACCGAACGCAACCAUGCCAUCAUCCAAACCAACACCAUCACCAGCAGCGCUCUUCCCGAUGGGGAUGGCGACAUCCCUAUGCGUCCAAAAAAAACACGCCUUAGUGAAGGCCCAUCGCAAAACGUGGGCAAUGAAGUCGCGCAGUGGAUGGAGAUGUUACCGCCAAACGUUCUAGAGCAGCUCGAGCUACAUUCUAUCAAAGGCAUGUCAAGGCCCCAUCGAGACACCAUUGAUGGACUAGAUGUGGAAGAGUUUCACCACAAAUGCUCUGAAAAGUUGCUCCAGGCUGUAGACAUCUUGACUGAAGUCAUUAUCAUGCACAAUUCACUUUCAGCACAUCUUGGGUCAUCCAUCCCCGCCAUCCAUGCAGUUGAUAUCAACUGCGCUUCCCAAAAUCAAUUAAAAGAUGCAAAAAAGAAAGAACACACAGAAUGCUCUUCAUCUAUGGGCCAUCAGGCUGGGGAGAAUUUAUGGGAUAUCGAGAAGGCAUUGGAAGACAGUUCAAAUUUGACUCCUGAGUCUCUCGAAUACAUGGCUGGAUCAAAUUUCAAUAUUUGGUUGGAAUCGAACGACUUUGACCUCGAAAGUCCUUCAUCGUUGGGUUCAUCACUGGGUACAUAUGAUGUUGACGAAGCCGUUUCCUGA